AUGCCUGCCUACGCAUCAUCUUUCGUUCAAAAGAUCCCGGAGAAAUCGUUCAUCUCUCAACGUUCACUUUGUCGGCAGAUGGAUCAAAUUAAUUCCACUUGGGAAGCAUUCAGCAGACGGAUCUCCGAGGGAGGAGCGCCAAUGCGACAAGAUCCUCCGGACACACCUGAUCUCGAAAAUACGGACACCACCAGAUCAUCUCGAAAAUACAAAUGCGAUGAUACCGUGACCUCGUCGAGCAUUCGUCUCUCAUUUUACCUUGACGACUUGUCAAUCUUUAAGACUUCUGCAUUCGUUUCUGGAAAAUAA